AUGGCAUCCCACGAUGACGAGACCAUGCCCGAGGAGACUCAGGGCUACAAGCUCACCCAGCCAAAGCAGAGUCUCGCAGACUACCAGAAUAUGGACUCCAAUGACGAAUCCCUCCAGCGAUACAAGGAGUCACUCGGCCUCGGUGGCGGCACCGACCUUUCCGACCCCAAGGACUCUCGAGUGUGCAUCAUCCUCGCCCUGACUAUGGAGAGUCCCGGCCGCGAUCCCGUACGCAUCGACCUCUCCAAGGCCGGGAGUGAGCUCGCACUCAAGGACAAGCCCUUCAAGAUUAAGGAGGGUGCCAAGUUCACCAUGGUUGCCACGUUCAAGGUCCAGCAUGAGAUCCUUAGCGGCCUCCACUACGUCCAGGUCGUGAAGCGGAAGGGCAUCAGGGUUAGCAAGGACUCUGAAAUGAUUCGAGUGUACGAGAAGCGAUUCACCGAAGAAGAUGCUCCGAGCGGAAUGCUCGCCCGUGGCCACUACAACGCUGUUUCAACUUUCGUCGACGACGACAAGAAGAAGCAUCUCGAGUUCGAAUGGAGCUUCGACAUCUCCAAGGACUGGUAA